AUGGCAAAAAAAACAAGAGAAGAGUUAAUUGAAGAUUUUCAAUCAGAAUUGAUUGAUUUAGUUUCCAUGACAAUUGAAGUCGAGGGAUAUUCCAAGUCUUUAGAGUAUCACCCUGAGAUGGAAGAUUUGCCGCAAAGAUUGCAUUUCAUCCUUCCCGAAUACUCUACAUACUAUCUAAUAAUUACUUACAAAGUGAAAAGCAGAGCAUUAAAGAAACUCACUUAUUCUCAAGUAGUUAAGAAACAUGGCAUUCCUUUUGCAUCAAGAGACUUGCACAUGAAUGAUCAUGCUGAGGUUAACACUGAAGAAAAACCAACUCAUCUGGUCCGCUUCCCUCCCGAUAAAUUACCCGGUGGUCGUUUAAUCAGAGGUACUUAUCCUGCCCAUUCCAAAUUCUAUGAAGAGGGUAAGACAAUUUUCAGUUGUGAUUGGCUAAUUGAAGUUGUCAAAAAGGACGAGCAACCAAGAAUUGGUGGUUUCAACUAA